CCCCUUUACAUGGAACCGGAAAAACCCAAUUCAUUUUCACUUCUUCGAUCAGUAGCAUAUAUGCCUUUGAAAAACAAGAUUCAUAUUUCUGAGAAGAGAUUGACUCGCACAUCACAACCAAGUAAAGCUUUUAAAAAAUGAAGGUUUCCCAAAUAUUGUUGCUGUUUGGAUACUUUGUAGUGACCUCACAAGAAGAACAACUAGGAAACAAACAAAAAAGAUCUAACUCCAACUGGCCAGACAAUGACCCACGAAGAUGCUUGGAGCAGUCAGGGAUUGGUAAACAGGAAAUGAAGCGGCUUGAGGUGCUUCCAGGCGUUGGGUGGGAUAAUUUACGUAAUGAGGUCAUGGGAUUAGUCAUAUCCCUGAAUUAUUCACAGUGCCAAGUGACGGAUGAUGGCCACCUUCUUAUCCCUGACAACGUCUACACCGUUCCUAUUAAGACUGGCAAAGUUCAACACGAAGAACAUUGGAUCGAACGUGGGCAGAAUGUGUCUUCAGUCACAGCUAACACAAUCAACCUUGAAGCUGGUCUUCCAAGUUAUCUGAAUUCCAUCAGUGGCUCGUUUUCCAGGGAACAUAGAGACAUAAAGAUCAAGCAAAUGGUGGAUAGAGCGGUCACUGUUAGAUUACAGGUUAAGUAUAGCAGAUAUAUAACGAAACUUCAACCAGACUAUGUAUUAAGUGAACAAUUUAAAAGUCGCCUACUAAGUAUAGCACGAAGACUGGAUUUGAACCAAACAGAAACAGCCAGAUACGAGGGAGAACGUCUUGUUAGAGAUUUUGGCACUCACGUUUCGACCAGCGUUACAGCUGGCGCUGGUCUAGUAAAGGAUGACUAUCUCAAAAGUGAAUUUGUGUUGAAUAGCGUGCAAUCCAGAGCUAAGAUAAUAGCCACUGCUAAGGCACAUUUCUUUAACUUCUUUAAUUUAGGCGCAUCUUACAGCAAUUCAAUCGACGAUGAAACCGAUAAAACAUAUCAAAAGAUUUUGGUCCGUUCAUUGACUACGACACUUGGCGGUCCGACCUAUUCACCUGAGAAUAUGACUCUGGACGCUUGGACUAAAGAGGUGGACUCUAACCUGGUUGCUAUUGACAGAGCCGGUGAUCCAUUAUACACUCUGGUGAAUUUAAAGAACCUACCUGAAUUAGCUUCAACAGAUCUUAGUCAGCUGAAAGAGAUCCUCCGCCAGUCUAUUGAGCUCUAUUACUCGACCAACACAAUCAAAGGCUGUACACGUGUAGCUUCCCCGAAUUUCAACAUUGCUGCCAACUUUGAUGACGGCUCUUGUUCCGCUCGUCUUACGAACUUAACGUUUGGAGGUUUUUAUCAAGACUGUUCUGUGUAUGGACAGUAUGACACGCACUAUUCGUGUCAGGGUCUUGCUUUGGAUAACCCUAAAACCGGCAAUCGAGACUGCCCCCAAUCAUACAAAGCAGUUCUCUUACAAAAAACUGUUAGAAGGGGAGAAAUGGAAUCCAGAGUGGAGAAGAAGAGUUGCCCCUGGUACAAGUUCUUUAUGACAUGUGACGAAACAAUUCAAGAAGUUCCAAAUAUUGAAAUUUCCACUUAUUGGUGUGUUGCAACUGAGCGAGUUCCACAAAAUUCUGGAUAUUUGUUUGGUGGAAUGUAUAAAGAAGGACAAGAGAAUUUGGUUACUGGAACAUCUAGUUGUCCCUCAACAUUUUCAGAAACGAAAAUAUUUUCUGACAUGAUCAUUUGUAUCAGCGAUGACUUUGAACAGAAUGCGUUGUCAUCAGUUCCAUUUGGAGGAUUCUUUACUUGCAAGAACGGAAAUCCAUUAGCCAAGGAAGGAGACAAUUCUGCAGGAGAUACUGAUAGCGGGCGGUACUACGAAAGCAAACGGUACACGUCAGAGAGCUACCCGAAGAGUUGUCCUCGUGGCUACAGCCAACAUCUUGCUACAAUUGAGGAGGGAUGUUCAAUUUACUAUUGCAUCCAGGCUACAGAAGGUUCGAAUCCUACCUUACCAUCCAUAAAGCUUCCUCCAUUUUCACCAGAGCCAGAUUCAGCCGAUGAAGAACUAUACAUUCUGCAAGAUGAUAAAAAUGAUGUCAAGAUAGUGAAUACUUUACAAGAUGAUACAGUCGAUGAGCCACGUCUGCAUUAUCUUCCGAUGGACGAUCAAAGAAAAGACUCGAAAAAUCUACUCCUCUCUUCGUCCAGCACAAACGAGAAAGAAGCUUUACCAGUGGGUGCUAUAGUAGGUAUAUGUAUUGUGUCCAUCGUGUGUGUCGCUGCCAUUAUCUGGGCCGUCAUCUAUAUUGUAAAGAAAAGAAGGAGCCGUGAUUUUGCUUUUAAAAUCCUACCAAAAGAGCCAGACACUUUUACUAUUUCAAAGUACUAGACAUCACAGCAAUGUAACAAUGUAAUAUUUAUAUUUUAUAUGAAAUUGAUCCGUUGUUUUUUUUAUUUUAUUUUGUAUUGAUUUUGUUUAUAUUGAAAAUUGUGAUAAACUUUGUAAGAACUAAAAAAAAGAUAAGAACUUUGGAAAACUAAACAACUUCAGGAAAAUGUAAGGUGUGGUCGGAAUGUCCUAAAACUUCAAGGAGACUCCUAAUCUUCAAAUGGCCUUCAUAGCAUUAUGCCCUCAACUUACAGAUGUUUCAAGUUUAACAUAAAGUACAUACUGCAAACUUGUUUGUGAUGUCUCACUUAUUAUUACUGCUGUAGACUUGUACUUACUAACUUUGCUCUUUUUGUAGUUUUUGUCUAUUUUUUUACUUUACCGAUGCAUUAUUGUAAUUUGUGAUUGGAAAAAAAGGUUGUGACCCGACGUGUAUAGUUCUACAGGUCAUUGUUUUUGGAAGUUCGGAGGCUUCUGAUGAAACUGUGACAAACCGUUGAAGCCUCUUUCGCUCCAGCAGAAAUUCGUUUUUAUCGAUGUCGCUAGGAGUACUAUCGAGAUUGAUUUCGACCUGAGGAUUUAAUAGCUGGGAAGGCGACAAAAAUUCACAUCUAUCUGCUACAUCAUGAAGUUGCUCGAAUCGGGUGAUUAUUUCUUGAACAAUCCUGUCCAAGGUAGAAUAAAUUUCCCUUCGUAGCUCUUCUUUGUGUGUAAGUACAGAGUAGUCACUUUUCUCACCAGGCAUCUUUUUCUUAUGGCCAAUACGUUUUUGAGGUUCUGCACUGAUUCUCAGAUCUGAACACACGCUUUCGGCAAAGGUAAUGCUGGCUUCAGCGAUGUCCUCUCGAUUACUACUUCAAAAUGUCUCUAAUGUUUUUAUUUUGAGUGAGCAGUCUCGAAUAGACAUUCCUUUUUUUUUGAAGGUAGACUUGCGCAUCAUUAAUUUCAGUUAAUACAGGAGCCCAAAAUCCAAGAUAGGUGAGAAAACUAAAAGACUGAAUAGCAACUAAUAAUCCACCUGCUUCAGAUCUAGUCGAUGAAUUUUCAUCCCUGCUAGUUAAUGUCUCCAGAGUUUCUAUAAUUUUAGAAAAUUUAUCCCUAACCAUCUUGACGGCUUCUCCUCUGGCGCUCCAGCGGGUCUCAACUAAACGUUUAAGGCUAGUUCCGGUUAUUUUGAUGAGGAUAUCCCAGCGGUGUGUUGAAGUUGAGAAAAGUGUACCAAAAAAUGUUACCGAAUUGACUUCAGCAGCUCGAAUUUCUGCUAAAUUGAGAGAAUGGUUUAAGCAGGCAAUGAAUAGUGCUUUGGGAUUUAGGCUACUUCUAGAAUACGUUUUUGGACACUGUAGUUUUGACCUUUCAUGACCGCAGCAUUAUCAUAGCCUUGACCCCUGCAGUCCAUUAUGUCUAAGCCAUUCCAACACAGUUUCUCUAGAAUCAUCUCAGCGAUUUCAGCAGCAUGCUUGUCCUUUGUGUCGAUGAAGUCAAUAAAAGACUCACGAACCUGCACCCCGUCAUUAUCCAUGACAACGUACCGUAAAAUUUGGGAAGUUUGAUCCAGCUUUAAGAUGUCAGGUGUACUGUCAAAAAUAAUAGAGAAAUAUUUGGCUUGUUUUACUUGCUGUAUGAUUUGUUUUUUAACGUGAUCCCCCAAUAUUGUAUUAAAUUCAUUUUGUAUUUGUGGAGACAUGUAUGUAUUCGGUCUGGAACAAAGCUUAGUUCGAAGCACAUGCUCCCUCAAGAGUGGAUCGUAUUUUGAUAGUAAUUUUACUAACUCCAAGUCACUCUUUGAUCCAUGCCGUUAGCCAAUUCAAUCAGAGAUGGCGAUUUCUCCGUCUGAGCUUAAAAUGGUUUUGAGGCGCUAGCCAGACUAGUCUGUCUUGAGCACUGUUCAUCAUUUUGAUUACGUUACAGUAUUACAAUUAACUAGUUAGUUAAAAAAAAACUCGUAGAAAACAAAGGUUAGCUUAUUUAAAAAUAUUGAGAUUACAAUAGAAUUAUUUCCAAAAUUAAACUAUAAAGAAUCAUAAAGAAAUGAAUAAACUAAGACAAUUGUUUAGAGCUAGAGUUUAGUAAUAUAUUUGUAAACUCUAUAUCUAGAUUUAACCAGUGGACUAAACAAUGACGUAAAAAAAGGUCGGCCUAUCCUCUUCUUCCUCAUAUUACAGAGCAUUGAUCAGUGUAGUAACAACAUGUACCGUGUGUCCGAAAUAAAUCUAGUAAAUUAGAUUCAAACUGUUCUAUAGCUUACAUUGUAUUGAAGAGAUUAACAUACUGAUGAAACAAAAUAGCAACAUGACUAGUUUAUAAAUCGUUAGUUCAUGUUUAAAAUACAGUUUGUAUGUUUGUUCGUGUCCAUACAAUUUGUCGUUUUUUACUGAAACGCUCAGGGAAAUAGAAAAUUAAUACACACUGGGGGAAUUGUGGUGCCCCUCUCCACUUGAUGCCCUGUGCGGCCCGCACCACCCGCACAUUGGUAGCUACGCCAUUGGAUUGUGCUGUAUUUAUUUAAGUUCUGCUAAAUAAAAGAAGAAAAGAGU